GCGAUUGACGACAAUUCAAUUUACACCUGCUGAUCACUUCUGUAACUGUGUUUGUUCCUUUUUUUUUAUUAAAAUGUUUUCUUGAACAGAACAACUUGUUAGAAUAAAAUUAGUAAAAUAACACCUUCCAUUUGAGACAUUAAAACAUACUAUUACCUUUUAGUUUAUUUCAAAACAGUAUUACGUUUAUUUUUCGUAGAUUAUUGUACCUAACUUAGUGUCUAUCAGUUAAUCGACUGAAAUUAUUCCUCGCCCUCAAUUAAAAUGCAACUAAUCAAAUGUAUGUAAAUUGCUCGUCAAAUCGUUAUUUUUCGUUAGAAUGGAACCCGUCGAUUGGAACGCUUUGCCUAGUCUGGCUCUCCACCAAAUAUUCACAUACUUGUUGCCCGAAUCUAGAGUGGCGGCAUCGUCUACUUGCAAACAUUGGAGAACCGCUCUGUACCAUCCGCUCUUUUGGCAUAGACUGUCGCUCGAUAUUUCGUCUACCAGAAAUUCGUUCGCCGAUGUCAAGUCUAAAGUGAAACACGCAAAUAAGAAUCUAGUAACACUCGUACGUGAUUUUCGACUUAUUUUUGAUUCGCGCAGCUCACAAUGUUUUGAAUUGGCUUCGUCGGUUAUUAGAGCAUUACUUGACAAUCAAUUGUUAAAGAACAUUGACAUUGAGCUUAGUCAUUGUGAAAUAUCAAAAGAUGAAGUGUAAGUUUACAUUUGAAACAUGUCUUUACUAAAAUUAUGUGAAUGUAUUACCUACCUACCUUAAUUAUUUUUAAAUUAGAUUUCAGGACAGUUCUGAUCAGUUGUGCCCAUAUAGGCAAUCAAUUCAACAUUAUUUUGAAUUUGCCAUACUAAAUGUUAUACAGAGAGGAAAUAUUGAAGGAUUUAGUUUUGGAUAUUUUAUGUUCUAUUAUUGGCAUGCUUUGAUUCAUAUGCUAGCCAAGUAUAGUUUUCAUAGUUUACAUCGUUUAGAACUGGCUGGAUUGGGACCAUCAGUUUGUAAUGAAAGUAACAUAACAUACUUCAAUUCCACUUAUGAUAGUAUGUCAUCCCUAAUCAAUUUAAAAGUAGGUUUUUUUCUCUCUGUUUUUUGUUUUUGUGAAUACUUUUAAUUAUUAUAUAUGAUUUUACAGAAAUUAAGUUUAGACUUGAAUGUUAAUACGUACAAAUUACUCCCAGCACUGUGUUCAAUGUCAAAUUUGGAAAUUCUUGUUUUACAUGUUCAUAAGGAUUUAGGUGUAGAAAUCAGUGACGAUGUAUGGGCAAAUCUUAAAAAGUUUUGGUAAUUAGAGAAUUUUUUUUUUCAAAUCUAAUUAGAGUUUGGGACUUAUUGCACUAAAAUUGUCAGACAUAUGCAUGCACAUAAUAUACACUUAAAAUUACUAAAAUAUGCAACUUAAUAAUUAAAUUAUUUGUUUAAAAAGUUUUUGCAUCUGCAGAGUUUAACGUAAAUCUUCUAAAUAUAUUUACUUAAUAAUGAUGUAAAAUUGUAUAAAUGUAAGAAAAACUAAUUAAAUUUCCAAAUAUGUCAUAUAUGCGUUAAGAUUAAAAAAAAACACAAAUUAGGCAAAUAAUUUUAUUUAAAUUUGUAAUGUCUUAAAACAAAUGUUUCUUUUAAUAUUCUACAGCCAUUAUUAAAGAAUACGCAAUUACAAGUCCCAAACCUUAGUAAUAAUACAGUUAACCGGAAAAAAAAAUGAAUAUUAAAAUAGUUAAACUAAACAAAAAUAGUAUUUUUUACAAUUUAAUAAUAAUUGCAAAUUUUUUUUAUAGUCCUAAGCUUGAGUUAAGGCUGACAAUUAUUAACUGUCAUACUGUCGCUAAAAACCUUCAUACUAAGUUGCUUCGUCCGUCAAUGCCAUUAACACAUUUAAAAGUUCUUUUCUGUAAUAUGGUAAGUAUUAAGGUAUUUGUUUUUAAUGUUAUUAACAAUUUAUUUUAAUAAUUUAAUUAUAUGGCCUUAAUAUUUAACUAUAAUUAAUUAUUUAUUUAUAAAUACUUAGAUAAACGUACAAGUAUUACAUAAGCUAUUGGAGUAUAAAAAUACUUUACAAUCAUUGAUUUGGGUUGAUGAACAUUCAGUGAACCCUACUGCUUUACUUAAAGGACAUUGGCAUCAUGUACCAUCCGCAGAGGACAUUGAAACUAAUCCGCUUAUAAUAUUGUCAUGGCAGUGCACCAAACUAGCAGAACUUGUUAUAUUUGGUAAAUAUUGUAUAUUUAUUUUAAAAAUAUUUCAUAUUACAAUUUAGUGAUAUUUAGUCACACUCAAAUUGCUGAACAAAAUUAUAUAUAUUUUAACUGCCUUAGGCAUUUUUAUUUAAACGACUAAAAGUUUAGAUAAAGGUAGAGUGGAAACCAAAUUCAAGCUAGGAGAUUGAAGUUUAUCUAAAUCACCAAUAAAAUACAUUCCUAUCAGAUUUUUCUCACUACUCUCAAUUUCAGCGUUUUCAUUUGAACCCGCAAAAUUACAUAAAAUAUUUUCAAUAAUAAUUUAUUAUGUGUGUAAAACAUGUUUAGUUAAAUAAUUUAUCAUAUUAUUAUUUUUAAUUUUUAAUAAUUAAAAAUCAUUUAAAGCUCUAUUUUGUUCAAUUUUCGUUGUAAUAGGUACUAUACUUGAGUAAUAAAAUUAGUUUUAAGAGUUAAAAUCAACAUGAUAUUCACAGUAAAUCGUUUUACUUAAUGUUAAAUAUAUUUGAGAUGUUGAGCAAGUGAAGAAGUUUUAUUGUAUUUAUUCAUAUAUUUUUUUCUUUAUCUAAAAAAGAUUUCUCUUUGCAUCCAUUUCAGGAAUGGUUUCAAGUAUCAAAUUUUGUCUAUUUUGUGCAUUGGUAUUGGGGAAGUUUUUUUUUAAAUGUUCCUUGGAGAUACUUUGUUUGAUAAUGAAGGAAAACUGAUAAAAAAUUAUCAUAAUAUUUAUGGAAUUAGGCUUUAUCUUAAAAUUUCUUUUGAAUAUUUUUAUUAACUUUUAAGUAUACUAAAAUUAACAGUUUAAGAGUUUAUAAAAUAAUUGUUAUCAUUUUUUAAUUAUUCUGGUGUUUUUUAUUAUAAUUUUAUCUAUAUGAAGUCUAGUAUUUUUGGUUUUAUUUUUUGUGGAUACAUUUAGUUGGUUUUAAUUUUAAACUCUAAAUUCAUAUACAAGGUUUCUCGUAAAUUUUUCUCAGAAUAAUCAUUUAAAAAUAUUGAAAAUUUGUAGUUAUGAUUUUUGUAUAUAUUUUGGAAGUUAAAAUAUAUGAUGAAAUUUAUUAAGCUUAUAAACAAUUCAUUUAAUUUGUAGUUAUGGAAUUAAUAGAAUUUUAAAUUUAAAUUUAUCAAAAAAAAAAAUUAACUGAACUCUGUGAGAAUUAUUUUAUUGUUAUGAUUUAUCAUUACAUACAGUGAGUACAUAAAUUAAAUAACUCUAUUUCAAGUUAAUUUUAUUAUUGAAGAAUCAGUUAUUAAUCCACUUUUAUGUAAAUGUAAUUUUGAUGGAGAUAAUAAAGACAAGUCAAUCAAUAAAUUGUUUUAAUUUUUAAUAUUGUUAUACAUACAUAUACUAUCAACAAUAGUAUUUUACAUUUUUGUACAUUUCAAUAUUUAUAUUACCCUGUUAUUAUUUUUUUUUUUGCUUUUCGAUCUGUUUAUUAUUGAUUUAAUAUAUUUUCAUUUUUCUUUUUCUUGCUAAUUGAUGCCAUAUUUUUGUUUUUUAUUUUAUUUAAUAUUUGUGGUUAGGUAAAUAAUAUUCUGUAAUUAUGUAUCCAAUGAUGUAAUGCUUGCUCAUAUUAUUUUCAAAAUAAUAGUUAUAAAUUGUUUUUAAUAUCUAUAUUUUAUUUGAAUUACUACUAAGCCUUUUUAUUUUGAGUUUAUAAAUUAAUAAUAACUAAAAUUAUUUUAGGAUAUUUUAUUGAACCGAUAGACGUAUGUGGCAUUGCAAGACUGAGAAGUUCAAAGUUAAAAAGAUAUGAAUUACUUGAAGAAGAUAUUUGUUUUAACCAACCACAAAGUAUGAUGUUUUAUGAUGACCUUGUUUUAGUGAGUAUAUUUGAAUUUUAUUUAUAUUUUUUAAUCAUUGAAUAUCAUUUUAUAAGUUAUGAGUAUUAUGACUUAUAAGUAGAUUCAGAGGUACUUUUUCACUAUCUCAACUACCUGAUAUUACAACUACCAAUCAAGUUUUGUUAUUACAGCAGUGAGGACAUAUAAUAAAUUUAAAUUAAAUUUUUAAAUUUUAAUAUCUUACAUAAUAUUACUAAUUAAACAACAAUGGAGAGUUAUACAUAAAGCCUUUCUGAUACACAGUUUUUAUUAUGUCCAUUUUUGCCUUUAUGGUGUCUUGGAAGUAAAUCUUUUUCGUUUAAGAAUUUAAGGGUAUCAUUUUCACUGUUGAGUAAAUUUAAGUGAUCCAUAAUUAUAACUAAUACUGAAUAAUAACUAAAAUAAUUAUAUAUAUAUAUAUUUAAAAAAAAAGAAUAUUGAACGUCAGUUUACGAAAAAUAUUAAUUUUAAUAACGUGUAAAUCAGCUCACACAAUUUGAGGUAAUUAGAAGGUAGUUGAAAUAAUGGAAUUAUUAUUAUACAGUACUCACAACUAUAUUUAUGAUACAUUUGAAAUUAAGAACUUAAGGUAUUAUUUUCAAAUGCUUUCAGGAUGUUUCGAAUUGCAUGGAUACAAAUUGGAAACCUCUAAACAAAAAUAAUUUAUUUGUGAGUCAUUCACAUUACAUAUUAAAGUGCAUUUCUAAAGAUUUGUCCUCAAGUUUAAAUAAUUACUAAUUAAAAUAUAUCAAGAACACAAAAUACUGGUACUAAAUUUAUAAUAAUACUUACUCUUUAUUUUGUGGCCAAUAAUAUUCAUAAUAUCUGAUAUAAUAUUUUAAACAGAUAAUCAAAUUAAAUAAAAAAUAAAUAAAUAAGUAUAUUUUCUUAACAAAACAUAUAAAAACUAACAAAUUAUAUAAAAGAAAUAUAUUUCAAAAUGUAAAUAUCUUAAGAGUAAAUUAUAUACGUUAAGAACCGUCUUGAAGUAAAAACUUGUGUUGUUGAACCACAGUAUAUUAUUAUGUUUUGUGUCAGUUGAUCAGUUAAAAUUACCACUACAUAUUUUAUGUAAGUAUAUAUUAUAUAAUUAUGAUUCAAAUGUUUUUAUUUAUAGAAGAUUUAAAGCGCUUUAAAGGAAUUAAGGUUUUUAAGUAAAAAUAAUUAAAGAUUCCAAAUUAAUUAAAAAUAGUUCUAAUCACUUUUUUCUAUAUAUUUUCUCACAAAAAAAAUCAACUUACUAAAUAUAAUAAAAUUAAUAAUUCAAAAGUUAUCACAAUCUAGUCCUAUUUUGUUGAAUCUUUGUUAUAAUUCCUUUUUUUUUUUUUUAAGUUUAUAAAUAGUUAAUAUUGAAUGUUUAUAUUACAUAUAAAAAAAAAUUAUCUUCAUUAUUGACUGACUUAUUUUAGUAUUUUAUUUGAUCAUUGUUAUCAUUAUGGGACUUUAUGAUUUGAUAUUUUAUUUUGUUUUUUUUUUUUUUUUUUUUUUCAUACAUGAAGUAAUUUUAAAAUGGAAUGACUGAAUAAUAUGACUAUUAUUUGUUUGAAAUGAAAGAUCUAGAGAGCAUAUUCAAAUGUUUACUAUUACACAUAUUUUUUGCAUUAAUUUAUUAUGAUGUGGACAUGGUUCAUAUUUUAUUCUCUUUUGGGUUUAACUAAGUACAAUGAUAUGGAUUUAACAUGUUUUAAAACCUAAUAAUCACAAAAAAUAAUUGAAAGUUACCAAAGUACACAUUUAAUAUACUUUGUAAUUAUGUUACAAUAAUAGAUUUGAUGCUAUUUAAUUUAUUUUUCUAUCUCAUAAUUUAUUUAAACAUCGAACAUUGUAAUAAAAAAAAAAACUGUAGUUUUCAAGUAUUAUUCACCAAUUUUUAGUUAAAUUUUUACUAAUAAUAAAAUUUAAAUCAUUAAGAUCAAUUUUUUAUGCAAUGAUCAACCAAAUUGCUUAUAAAUAAAACAUUUGUUUUCAAAGUCAAUAAAACAAAUUUCUAUUGUAUUAUGUAAGCAAAAGUGUUCCUACCACAAAUUAUAAACUAUGAAGUUUUACUUAUAUGAAGAGUGCAACUCAAAAAAGCACAUUUUACUGAUUACUUAUACUGUGAUAACAUCUGUUAAAAUAUGUACAACAUUAUAGUGUUUAGGCUAAUAGAACAGGUCGUGAACUAGAACGAACCAUCAAAGAGUUGUUAAAAAUUGUUAAAAAUAAUAUUGUUGUUGAAAUGUAUGUUAAAAUAUAUGUACCAGAACGUGAUUUUAGAAAUAUUUGAUAAAUUAAGAUCUAUAUUGCUGUGAUGUUUUAAAAGAUCAUUUCUAUGUUGUUAAUGUAGGUUAAUUGUCUAUGACCAUUUUAUAAGGAAAAUUGUAACAAUUUAUUUUGUUUAUAUUGUUAAAAUUGUUACAAUCUAUUUGUGUGAAUAUUUAUCAACAGUAACACAAGCAACUAUGACUGAACGAAUAACGAAUGAUUCGUGUUUAUUUGUUAUUAUUAAAAUAAAAACUCUAUUCUGUGAUCAAUAACAAGUGUAUAAAAAAAGAUAUAUUCAGAGUUUGUUUUUACCAACUAAAAUUUUUAUUAAAAAAAAGGAAUAUGUACUGAUAUCAUAUUUUAUCAUUUUGCUUUAACUUAUUUUA